UGUAGCUAGCGUUCCGAACUAACAUUAUCCAAAUGCAGUUGGUUAGCUAGUAGCUACCUUCUCUCUGUCAACAGGUUUUUCAGGUUCUUUCUUAAGUUCUUAUUGUGUUACUCUUGAUUCCACAGCCAUUUUUGACAGCGUUUGAUAAUCUAGCUAAAUUGUAAGUGGAACUGUCAACGAGUAGCAGCAGAAAAUAAAUACUAGUCGCGUGCUGAUGACAUCGGAGAAACUGUAUAAAACAGAGCCUCCUCGACGAAUCACGCCACUGGAAAAUUACAACGAGGCCACAAAAAGUCCCUUUACUAAUUUGCCAACAGCCACCAUUUUGGGAGUCAGAAUUGUAUUGGAAAACCACCACCCUUUGGGCCUUAUUAUGGUACACACGUGCGUGGUGGCUGGCUGUCGGAAUAGAAGAAUACCAGGCACAUCAUUGUCUUUUUACCGUUUCCCACGCGAUCCCGACAGAAAGCAGCGUUGGAUAGCUGCUGUGAACAGAGAAGGCUGGCUGCCAAACGACGGGAGCAGGUUGUGUAGUACUCAUUUCAUAUCAGGUAAACAGGUGAAGAAUCCACGCUCGCCGGACUAUGUUCCCUCUGUAUUUACAUCAGCUCCCCUAUCCCCGGAGUCAGAAAUUAAGGAAGAGACUGCUGCCUUUGAAAUCUCAGACAAGCAGGAAGCCCAAGUGGAGGCUGCCAACGCCUUGCUCUUCCUGCAGGGCCAGGGCAGGUCUGUGGUCGACCAGAGGCCGAGCCAGGUGGCCCAGAGUGCAUCCUCAUCCUCUACCAGUGACAAUGGUGAGGAAUCUGAACCCGUGUCAAGCGACAGCAAAGACAGGGGAGGGAAGCCCGGCAAAAGGUCAGCCGCAGAGCCCGACAACUAUGAGGAUGUGCUGAAGAUCUUGAAGAAGGAGAACCGGGCUCUCCGGGAGUCUGUGGAUAAAAUGUCACUCUCAGAGACCUCAUUCCGGAACGACCCAGAGAAGGUCAGGUUUUACACUGGCUUGCCCAACUACUUUGUAUUUGAGACAGUCAUGUGGCUCCUCGCACCACACAUGAACGGGACCAAGAACAUGGUCAAGCUCUCCAUGUUUCAGCAGCUGCUGCUGACACUAAUGCGUCUCCGGCUUGACCUCAAGAACCAGGACUUGGCCUACCGCUUCGGCGUGAAGGUUGGCACAGUGACCAGGACAGUGCUCAGAAUGGUUAACGUCAUGUCCACCACGCUGGUACCCACGGCUGUCUUCUGGCCCUCCAGGGCUGAGCUCCGCAAGAACCUCCCGGCAGCUCUCCACUCGACGUACCCUGACUGUGCCGUGAUCAUAGACUGCUUCAGGGUGACCCUGGAGAAACCCGGGUCAGAAGUAAACUUGUUGUGUCAGGGGGCGCCAGCAGGGAGCAACACUCUGAAAUACAUGAUAGGCAUGGCCCCGCAGGGCGUGGUCACUUUCGUCUCCAGGGGGUCGCCGGGGAGUGUCAGCGACAAGAGCCUGGCAGAGGGGUGUGGCUUCCUGGGCAAGCUCCUUCCAGGAGACGUGGUCCUGGCCGAUAAGGAUUUGGACAUUGGUGAGUCGGUGGCGGCUCAUGGUGCCCUGCUGAAAAUCACUGGCUGCGAUGGCGGAGAGGGGUCUGAAGGGAGCGAAGGUGUCUCGCUGACAGACAUUUCCCCAGAGAGGCUGAGUGUGCGGAGGCAUGUGGAGACGGUUGUGUCCAUGGUGAAACUAAGGUACUCCAUGCUGACUGGCCCAGUGGAGGUCCCCUUCACGGCCGCUGAGCGGUCAUCCAACAUUUUCACUUUUGAUAAGAUUGUGCAGGUUGCCUGUGCCUUAAACAACCUGUGUAUAUCUGCUACACCCCUAGAGUGACUCUCACUAGUGCUGCUCCAUACGAGCAUUGAUAGCCACUUUAAUGCUUGAACACUUAAAGAAUCUAUAUUUUGGAUGUAAAUGGCAUGUUGAGAAGUGUCCAGACACAUUUCUUGCAAAACUUACCCCAACCAGCGAUAGACGUUCUCAUGCUCAUUCUGCAGUGCCAGUGCGUGAAAAGAAAACAUGAACAAAAGCCCCAACAUCACCCAAAUACGUCCUUUUACUUGUUUUGUAAUUUAUGUACUUCAGAACUUUAUCCGCAACGUUUAAUUUCGUUUUGUACGGCACGAGAGAUACUUCUGUGUGUGCAUGUGAUGGCUAACAUUGAGCAGCCAAAUGGAUAGGUUUACCACAUCCUAUGGAAUACAACGUUGUGGUUAAAGUUUGAAAUGGCACAAUUGCAUGUGUACAACAUCUAAAGACCUGCAUCUGAAUGCAUUUGUUACUUUUAUCCACACACUGGCACUGCAGAACGAAUAUGAGGUAGGUUAUCACUGGUUGGGGUAAGGUCCUCAAAAACAAGUGUCUGGACAUUUGGCCAUAUGCAUCCAAAAUAUAGAUUUAGUUUAAAAAAAGUGAACUUUUUCUUCAAACAUCCUAGCUCCAUUCUACAAUUCCACUCGUAGAUGCUGGAGAGGGGAACUUUUUAUUUGUAUUUUUUCAGAGGGUAUUUGGAUCCAUUUAUCACAAUAUUUUCACUGUAUUACUAUUUUUGCCCCUCUGGAUGUAACUGAGUGAGAAUUUGAAUUACUGAGCUCAUCGACAUUUUUUAAAUGUGGAUAUAUUUCAGAAGGACAUUCCAACAGUUCCAAGUAUUCUAUGAUUGAAUGUACUUUGGUUUUCGACCAUUACUUGGUUCUCAGAGACCAUUGCGUUACUUACAAUGGAUCGAACAGUAGCCUACCGUUUUCCUCAGGUGUUAGUGCUUUAGUUUGAAAUGCUGGUACUGCUGUAACAAAACAGAUGUUUUUACAUGACACAAUGCCUUCCAUUUCAUAUGAAUAACCACGUUUCCAUCCAGUUUUUAUGCGAGUAAAGUCAUACAGUCUAAAAAAAUUUAUGACAGUUUUGAUGGAAACGAAGUUUCGGUACAAUUUUAUAAAUGCUGACAGAUAAUUUGUUAGUUCGACAUGGUGGGAUCUUGUAGUGUCGGUAAAAUUAAUUAUGUGAGAAAUGGCGGCGGAAACGCCUUUGUGCUCAAAUAUUGAUAUAAUAAACAUCAAAUUGAAGUAAAUUUGGAGUCACGUGAUAUGGUGUGUGGUCCUCCCACUACGAUUCGGGAAACCUUGCCGUUUAUUAGGCUACAGAUUAAAUCAAUUAUGAACUUCACACGGUAGUGGAAGUGCACUGUGAUCUUGAUGCUCCUUUCCAAUAAAUAUCGAGUCUUAUUCUGGUGACAUGAUAGCCGAGGCUUGACAAAUAUAUUUUUCCUGCUCUUAUCCAUAAUAAUCUCAUCACAGCAUACCCACACUUUAUCUGCGAGCUGUUGUCUAGAGCGCACGUGUCAAGGCCAGAAUAGGCACAUUUGCUAUUUAAAGCCACAGUUUUUGUGACACAAUUUUUGCCAGAGUUGACAAUGCGAUGGAAACAUAUUGAACUUUAGAUUUGUAUUCAGUACAUGAAAACAUAAGCGAAAAAGUACAUUGUGUGUACAUCACGCACUGAUUUUUAUCCGGAAAAAGUACAUUUGGUGGGAAAAUGUGUAUAUUUUAGUUCUAGAUUCUAGAGUAUUCGUAUGACAAUCUGUCGCCAAUUGGAUAGAAAUAUAGAUAAUGUCAACUGUCCUCAAAAAGCACUGGAAUGUAGGCUAAAACUUUGUCACUUAUGUUGUGGUUUAUGCAUUCUCUGAGCAUGAGUUAAGUGUGUUUCUUCUUUUUUCACGUCCAGUUUGUUCAUGUUAAUAGUGCUGACGGAUGUCAAUCUGCAAGGACAGUCUGUGUAUGGUCUUUGGUUCUGUUGAUUGAGAGGUGCUGGGAAUUUAAUGGUGCAGUUUAGGUGCCUCUUUGUAGAAUCUGAGAGAUAAAUACUUUUCCACUUGUCUCUAACAUGUAGGCUCAGCAUUCCCGAAAAGUCCCAUUACAUCAGAAUGUUGAACAAACUUAACUUAAAUUUACUUUACGUGUGUCUAAGGUAAUCUGAUACAAAAUCCAGAGGGAAGUGUUAUAAACCCGACCUUCAGCACGCUGGUCUGUAUAUCGGUUGAAUUUUUAAUACCGAUGCAAUUCGCAUGUGACAAACGUUUGGACAAUAUGGUGGCGAACACUUACCGCAGAUUGCGAAGAAACGUGCUUCGGACUCCUAUAUUUGGUUACAGUAGGCUAUUGUUUACAUAUUGUGCAUCACAUGCAAUGCAUCGAGAGAUUUUUUUUUUUAAAUCGCGUAAACAACACUACUGUGGAUACCCUACCACCACCCCUCCGACUCCCAAAAUACGCUAAAACGGAUGCGCGCACAUACACCACCUCAUUGCGGAGUCCUACUAGGAAGACUACAUUAACGUUCAAGAGGACUGCCAUGAGCAUGAUGCUGCCCAUUUGCCUAUAAAGUACCUAUUUUGUUUGAAUAUAGAAGGUGAUGUGUAGGAACUUGAAUAUUUGAGUGUUAUUUCUGCUGUGUGCAUCCUUGGGAUGAUGCGGCGCACUCUACGCUGAUAAACCUAUUCUUUGCCAUGUUACAGCCCUAUUCGGACGGGUAUUACUAGAGACGUUGGUUUUGUAAUUAUCCAAGCAUGUGCAUUAUUCCAGAGAACGAUUCACACAGGAUUAGUUUUUCCAAAUUGUCCCCUGUAAUUCUUAAUUUUUUUCCAAAGCCAGUAGGUUUUUAUUGUAGGCGAGAAUGUCAACAUGAUAGAUAUGCGACACGUGAUUGGCUGCUAAAUGUAUAGGUCUCCCCAUAAAUUUACAUGGAUGAAGUGUGAUCAUAAUCAUUAUUUUAGCGAUCCAUCCAUGGUAGACGUCCUUACUAAUGCCCCACAUCUAGCUGAUUUGAGAUGCUGGACCGUAUUUGCACUUGACUAUUUAUGGAUGAGAGUGAAGUUGCCAUUUCCCAAAAAGUUUAAUGGGGAUGCUGCUUUGCGAUCUAUUGCCUAGGACAGGGCUCUCCAAUCCUGUUCGUGGAGAGCUACCAUUCUGUAGGUUCUCUCCAACCCUGUUCGUGGAGAGCUACCAUUCUGUAGGUUCUCUCCAACCCUGUUCAUGGAGAGCUACCAUCCUGUAGGUUCUCUCCAACCCUGUUCAUGGAGAGCUACCAUUCUGUAGGUUUUCACUCCAACCAUAAUCUAGCGCAUCCGAUUCAAUACUUAGCUGGUUGAUAAACUGGAUCAGGUUAGUUGCAACUGGGGUUGGAGAGAACCUACAGGACGGUAGCUCUCCAGGAACAGGGUUGGAGAGAACCUACAGGACGGUAGUUCUCCAGGAACAGAUUUGGAGAGCCCUGUCCAUGGACAUCAAUAGCCAGGCAGGGUUGUAUUAAAUGAGCGAUAGACAAUACUUUGUAUUGCACAUUUAGGCCUAAUUUAAACUGAUGCAUUUGGCUAUGUUCAACUUCAAUUCACUGGCUAAACUAUUCUUCAUAGUGCCAUACUCUGAGCCUAAUAUAAACUUCAUUCUACUUUUGAAUUUACGAGGCAUUGGUAAAUAUAGCUUCCUCGCACGGUUCUGACCGUUUCUGUCUGCCCAGAUUCUCUCCCUCGCCUGCGCCUCUUUCUCUUCACAAUGAACAACGCCAGUGUUUGGUCUUCUGUCUGUUGCAUGUAGAAUAGUUUAUCUACUAAUUGAUAUCCCCUACUAUAAUGAACAUGCGCAAGCCAAGAAAUUGCGAAAUACAGCAUUGCGAUAGCCUAAAUCGUUUGAUUACGGAUCUGACGGUUUGCCUAUUGGCCGAGAUGUCUGGCUGUGCACCUCCACCAUUCGCUCUCAUGCUCGCUCGCUCUUUCUUUAUUUUCUGUGAAAGAUGUGAGAGUUUGUUCUCGAAAUAGAAUACGGAAAAUAGUUUCCCCCGUUGCAAAAAUACUGAAUCUUGAGUCGAUUUCGAAGCUUGACACCCAAAAAUAGGAGUCGACUCCCUACCUAGGUGUCAGAGAGAUGCUAUAGCACAACAUGUUUACUUCUCAUUGCUUAAAUGCACAUUUCAUUGUUUUGCUUACUUUGUGUAUUAUAAUAAGCUGAUGUGCUUUUCUUCACAAUGACGGGAUGCUAUAUAAUGUUGUUGUGUCUAUAACCAUGUUUGCCAGUGACAGUCUCUUCCCAAUUCAAAUAUUAUUUUUUUAAACAAAAAGUUCAGUAACAGACCCAUGGAUGCACACAGCAUAGGCAUGUAUAUUUUUAAUUAAUUUGCUAUUCAUGCAUUAAAGCUCUGACACACUGGUAGGAUUGUCAACCAUUUUCCUGCGGACAGUAUUUAGCACCUCAGAAUGGUGUCAGCAGUCAAUCUCUUUUUUGUGUUCACGCAGCAAAGACCUUGAAAGUUGUCAGCCACUCAAUCAUAUUAAAAUACUCCAAACCAGAAGUUGGUGAUGCUUAUCCGUGCAUAUUGCUUAUGGUCUCGCUAUCUGCACUAAUGUUGCUAAUUUGUAGAAAGCCCUUGUUGAUACGAGCUAGAUGACGAAAAAACAAUUUAUUUCCCUCUCCAUAAUCCCAUAGCCAAAUUGUUUUGCUAGUUAACCUUGGCAUAUUCACCAGCUAGCACAACGAGCUAGCUAGCUAAGGACGCUGGACUAACUAACUCUGCAGUUAGCUAAUCAAUUGUGAUAGAAUUAUGUCAAUACUAGUUAGUGGUUAGAGAUCUUGGAAGUAUUUAGUGUUGUGUGCAUUUAGUUAGCUAGCUAGCUACACUACAUUCCCAUAGCCUACAUUGCAUAUGAAGUGUGACUGGCUCGUCCAUGGAUGUAAGGAGAAAAUGCCCUGUUUCACCCCCUUUUUUGGGCUCGCACACUUGGGGGUUCAUGAUCUCUACUUGGCUCAAAGUGAAGUUGUUGGCCACUGACAAGUUUAUCUAUUCUACAAGUACAAUCAUUAGACCGGGUCGGCAUGCAGCAGGUACAGCUUUUCUUCUGUAAACAUAAAGAACGACAUCCUACUGUUGUUAUGUGUACCGAUCGGCAGUGAGAUUCUUGGUAUUUCAUUCUUUACAAUUAAUUUCAAAAUAUUAAGUUAUUGCACUACUCUUGAUUGUUAUUUACCUGUGCAAUGUUCUUGUGUAUGAAAAGCAUGUAAGACCCAUAGCCUGCCCUAUUCCAUGAUGCAAAUGAUUAUCAGCCUCCUUUUGAUGUCAAGGGUUAUUUGUUGUGUUCAUUAUUUGCCUAUGAAUAUAAACCAAAUAUUAAUA